AUGCACAGAGCAAGUAACACGUCGCGCCCAUCAGCAGCAGUCACCAUGCAGGCCAUGCGGAGACUCGUGCGCGUCCUCGUGGUGCUCGGCGUCGUGGCAGCCACGGCGUCGGCACAGGGCCCGACGGCAGCGCCAGCAACGCCCACGCCGGCCACCCCCGCGGCACCGGUGACUCCCGCGGCGGCGGCGCCCAAGGCCGCGACGACGUCCAGCAACAUCACGGGCGUGCUGGCCAAGGGCGGGCAGUUCAACACCUUCAUCCGGCUGCUCAAGUCCACGGGCGUGGCGUCCCAGAUAGACAACCAGGUCAGCAACGGCGGGAACGGGAUCACGGUGUUCGCGCCCACGGACAACGCGUUCCAGUCGCUGCCCUCCGGCACGCUCAACUCGCUGUCGGACCAGGACAAGAACGCGCUGGUGCAGUACCACGUCGUGUCCACCGCCAUCCCCAUGUCGCAGUUCGACACCGUCAGCAACCCGCUCCGGACGCAGGCCGGCAGCGCCUCCCCGGGGGAGUACCCGCUCAACGUCACCUCCGAGGGCCAGCAGGUCAACAUCACCACGGGCGUCGUCAACGCCACCGUCGCCAACUCCCUCUACUCCGAAGACAGCCUCGUCGUCUACCAGAUCGACAAGGUGCUGCUGCCGGAGAAGCUCUUCGGCACGGCGGAAGCACCCGCGCCCGCGCCGCUCGCGCCGGCCAAGAAGAAGGGCAAGACGCCGGCGACCGUCGCGGACUCGCCCGAGGCGGAGGCGUCCCCGGACGCGACUACCGCGUCGCUCGCGCCGGCGAGGUUGACGACGGGAGGUGGCCUCGCCGCGGCUCUUGCGCUCGCCGGCGUGUGGUGGGGGCUGUAG